UUGGAGUGAAAACUAUUCAAUUAAACAAGCUGGUGAAGAAAAAUCGCCUUAUUAUUUUGAAAGACAUAUAUCUAUUCAUAGUGGAUAUGUAUGGACAAAACAAAAACAAUUUGGUUUUGCUGCAUUGUCAGAUGCAACAAAUCAUAUGGGGGAAGCAUGUUGGGCUUCAAUUCAAACAUUAUUAAAAGAUUUAGAAAAACUAGAAAUAAAACAUAUGACAUUUGUUACGGACAGUCCAACAUUGUUAGUGCCCUACUCCUCGAAAGGCUGA